UGUGCGCAUGCGCGCGCUCCAGCUGUGAGCGGCUCCGGCUGCGGGACCCCCGGCCUCCGUGCCGCGGCCGCGCGGCCACUCACAAGCUGUCUCCAUGGCAGCAGAGGCCACGUGGUGAGGGGGCCGCCCACCGGCUCCUCUCUCAGGUGGCUGCACCGCAGGCUCGUUGGCACCGCGAGAUACCGCCCCCGACAGGGCGCCCUCCGAGUGCUGGGCACUGUCCCAGCGCCUAGCCUUUCGGGCCUCCGCGGCCCAGCGAGCACCCUGUAAGGACUGCCAGGUGAUAAUGAAGGUUCUCUUACUGAAAGACGCUAAGGAGGACGACUGUGGCCAAGAUCCAUACAUCAGGGAAUUAGGAUUAUAUGGACUUGAAGCCACUCUGAUCCCUGUUUUAUCAUUUGAGUUUUUGUCUCUUCCCAGUUUUUCUGAGAAGCUGUGUCAUCCUGAAGGCUAUGGGGGACUCAUCUUUACCAGCCCCAGAGCAGUGGAAGCAGUGGACCUGUGUCUGGAGAAAGACAAUAAAACGGAAGUCUGGAAACAUUCUCUGAGGGAAAAAUGGAAUGCUAAGUCAGUGUAUGUGGUCGGAAAUGCUACUGCUUCUCUAGUGAAUAAAAUUGGCCUGGAUACAGAAGGAGCACACUGCGGAAAUGCAGAAAAGCUUGCAGAAUAUAUUUGUUCCCGGGAGUCACCAGCAUUGCCUCUUCUGUUUCCCUGUGGAACCGUCAAAGGAGAAAUCCUGCCGAAAAUGCUCAAGGACAGAGGGAUUCCCAUGGAAAGCAUAACUGUCUAUCAGAAGAUCCCACACCCGGGAAUCCAAGUGAACCUCAACAGCUACUAUUCGAAGCAGGGCGUUCCGGCCAGCAUCACAUUUUUCAGUCCCUCCGGCCUUACCUACAGCCUCAAGCAUAUUCAAGAGUUAUCUGGCGACAACAUUGAUCAAAUUAAGUUUGCCGCCAUUGGCCCCAGCACAGCCCGCGCGCUGACCGCCCAGGGCCUGCCUGUGAGCUGCCUGGCCGAGAGCCCCACACCGCCAGCCCUGGCCAAGGGCCUCCGGUUGGCCCUUCAGGCCCCCCGCUGCUGAGUCGGUGGCCCGUCCCGCUGCUGCUGGUGCAGGGAGGCGAGGCAUCGGCGGGGCUCCCCACACCUUUGCCUCGUGCCUCCGCGGAACCCCCAGGACACAUGGGCCCGGCGAGAGCUCCUCUGGCAGAGGGAAGAAAACCAAAUAAACCACCUGGCUCUUCGCGCUGAGUUGUC